AUGUCAGAACCAGAAGAGACUGGAGCGUUAUUUCCCAUUUUCAUUCUGACGAUCAUAGCAAUCCCAUUGGUGCCUUAUACAUUUGUGAAGCUAAGCCGCGCUUUUUCCAAGAAACAAAAGAGCAUACACUGUCAAUGUCUUGACUGUGACCGUUCAGGGAAGUACAAGAGAUCCAUUCUCAAAAGGAUCUCUAACUUCACUUCAUGCAGCAACUUGACAGUUGUGCUACUCUGGUUUGUCAUGAUCUUCUUGAUCUUUUACACUAAGAACAUUAGCCGUGAGAGCCAACUCUUUGAGCCAUUCGGUAUACUUGGAUUAGAACCUGGUGCUACAGAUUCAGAAAUCAAGAAAGCAUAUAGAAGACUCUCUAUUCAAUACCAUCCUGAUAAAAAUCCAGAUCCAGAGGCAAACAAAUAUUUUGUGGAGUCCAUAGCUAAAGCUUACCAAGCUUUAACUGAUCCUUUGUCUCGUGAAAACUUCGAAAAGUAUGGUCAUCCUGAUGGUAGACAGGGUUACAAAUUGGGAAUUGCUCUUCCUCAAUUCAUUCUAGGCAUGGAUGGAGAUUCUGGUGGGGUGUUGUUGCUGUGUACAGUUGGUUUCUGUAUUCUUUUGCCACUAGUGAUCGCCUCCAUCUAUCUCUGGAGAUCAUCAAAGUAUACAGGGAGCUACGUUAAGCUCCAAACUCGUCAAGCAUAUUUCGAGUUAAUGAAAUCUUCUUUGACUUCAAGAAAAGUUAUGGAAGUUUUCAUCAAAGCAGCUGAGUACGCAGAGAUUCCAGUUCGUAAAACCGACGAUGAGUCUAUGAAGAAACUCUAUACAUCUGUCAAAAGUGAGCUAAAUCUGGAUCCUAAGAAGAUGAAGCAAGAUGAAGCUAAGUUUUGGAAACAAGAACCUGCACUUAUCAAGGCUGAGCUUUUGAUACAGAAACAGUUAACUCGUGACUCAACAGCUCUGUCUCUGACUCUGCAACAAGAUUUCAGGCGUGUGCUUGAGUUUGCACCACGUCUUCUUGAAGAUUUAAUGAAGAUGGCUGUUAUUCCCCGUGAUGAACAAGGGCGUGGAUGGUUAAGUCCUGCACUCGGAGUAAUGGAGCUAUCUCAAUGUAUUGUUCAGGCUGUUCCUCUUAGUGCAAGGAAGUCAUCACCAGAAGGCACUGCUCCUUUCUUGCAACUCCCUCAUUUCAACGACUCCAUCGCUCAGAAGAUAGUGUCCGAGGUUAAAUCAUUCCAAGAGUUUCAAGAACUGAGCUCGGAAGAGCGUUCUAAGAUGCUCAGAGAGGCUGCAAGUUUGUCGGAAACCGAUGUCCUAGACGUCGAAAAGGUGUUGGAAAUGAUACCUUCUCUGAAAGUAGAAGUGGCUUGCAAAACAGAAGGCGAAGAAGGUAUUCAAGAAGGCGACGUCACGACUGUUCAAGCUUGGAUCACUCUGAAACGUCCCAAUGGACUCAUUGGAGCUAUUCCUCACUCUCCUUACUUUCCUUUCCACAAAGAGGAAAGCUUUUGGAUUCUUCUUGCGGAUUCGAACAGUGUCUGGUUCUUUCAGAAGGUUAGUUUCAUGGACGAAGCUGGAGCUAUAACCGCUGCGUCGAAUGCUAUUAGUGAGACCAUGGAAAGUUUAGGAGCAAGUGUGGAGGCAAAGAAUGAUGCAGUGAGAGAAGCUGUUGAGAAAGUUAAGAGUGGGUCAAGAUUGGUGAUGGGGAGAAUCUUAGCACCUGAGGAAGGUUCUUAUAACUUGACUUGCUUCUGCGUAAGCGAUACUUGGAUUGGUUGUGACCAGAGGACAGCAUUGAAAGUUGAGAUUUUGAAAAGAACCCGUGAUUUGGAGGAGGUUGCAGAAGAAGGUAUGGAUGAAGAGGAAGAUGAAGUUGAAGAAGAGGAUUACGAAAGUGAAUACAGUGAGGAUGAGGAAGAUAAGAAGAGAGGUUCCAAGAAGAAAGUGAGCAAGAAGGAAUCGAGUUCUGAAGAGUCUGGAUCAGAUGACGAGUGA